AUGAUUGGCGGGGACUUGUUAUUUAAUGAAUAUAAAUUUAAUGUCAACUCCUUAGACGGUGAUACAAUGCUCUAUCAUGAUAGAAACAGUAUUAAGUCUACCGGAAUUAGUGCAUUCACAGCUGUCUUAGUUUUAUUAAACUCUGGCAUCUCUAAUGAUCCAUUCUUUAUGAGUUAUUCAUUUCAGACAGGUAUAUUCCAAGUGAUCGUUAUAAGUGUGUUAGCUUUGAUUCUAACACAACUCUCAUUUCACAUCUUCGUAAAAACAUGGUCGUUUAAUGGGGAAAACUCUUACAUAUCUAUCUGGAAAGAUGUAUUUAAUGGAAAAACAUCUAUAAUACCAAGAAUCAUUCUCUUUGUUGCUUUCAUAUCUUUAUCAUCUGUCUCAACAAAUGAUUUCUUAACAGAAUACGAUGAUUUAUUAUCCUAUGUUGAUCCUUCAAAGUUCUCAGUGUUCAGUAGCAAAUGGUUCAAAAAAUUUGUUUUGACAUUUAUCUUUUUCUUUCCAUCUCUCUUCCACAACCGAUUUUCCCAGAUGAAGUACAUUUCCUACAUGAGAAAUUUCCUUUUAGUAGUCUGUCUCAUCAUGGAAGCCGUAGUUGCUGGUAAAACCAUUAAAGAAAAUGGCUUUGAUCCGCAAAAGGAAAUUGUUUAUUGGGGAAAGGAUUUCAGCCAAACAGUUGCAUGCUUUGACCUAUUUAACGUUGUUUUCUUUGUUUCACCAUUUGUUGCGAUGAUUUCAAAGGAUAUUAAAGACGCAACAAGGUCAAAGAUAUGCAAGAUUACAUGGGCAACAUCAUUAACUUCUCUUGUCUUCAAUUUACUGGGCGGAUAUCUUGGAUAUUUAGCCUUGUUUUCAAAGCAAGAAGAUGACUUGGUUUUCUUAUCUUUUGAGAACCAAAAGGACAUUUUCAUCAUUAUCGGAAAAAUUACUUGUUUAUUGAAGACAAUUUUGACGAAUACAAUGUACAUUUACAUUAAUGCUUGCUGUUUGGCUGAUUUGUUCUUCAAAUACAGUGAUGACCACAAAGCAGCAAGACUCACAAGCGGCGUUGUUGUUUGGCUUUUAGCUAUUUUUAUUACUUACACGGGAUGGAAGUUAACUGAUUUACUUAACUUGAUAGGCAGCACUUGCUUCAUUUUCCUUGCUUUUAUACUUCCUUCUGUAUAUUAUUUGAUGAUGUAUAAAUUUAGAAACAUUUUAUGGGGAAUCCUAUCGAUUUUCGAAGUUCUUGUCUGCGUAACUAUAUCAGGCAUAAUAUUAUAUUACAAUUCAACAGGUUUCAUUGAAGAAUAUUCCGGAGUUUCAUAUUUUUAA